AUGUUCAAUCCUUCUUCCUCGCCCACACCCACCUAUAGUGACCCCUCCAUGCACCAUGCAUGGAACUUCUCUGGUGAUCUGCACACAGCUCCGACCGAAAUUCCUCGCGGCACUGGUUUCUUCCACUCCAAUGGUGGCCUGUUUUCUCCGGUCGAUGUUGCUGCUUCAGCACCGCCUUCCUGCAUCUCUCCCCUUCCCCCCUACAAUAUCAACACGAGCACCAGCUCACACCCCUUACCCUUUCACCUCCAGUUUCUUGACCCCCUCAACGGUAAUGCUGCCUUCUCUUGCCCGUCUCAUUCGACAUGGCAGUUGCAUCCACCCCCUUUUGCUUCCUCCCCUUCCUCGUCCUCUGGUGACUUCUUUGAAUUCAGCAGCUCCGAUACCAUGCGCCGUGUCCUUAGCACCGGCGACCUACAGGGCAACAAUGUUUCGCCACCAUUGCCGCCACCGCCAAUACCGCCACAAUUUCCAGGCGACAACUGCAGCCAGGAAGCCGGUGAUCCUUUUUCAGAGAAGGUGGGCCGUUACAGCGCCGAAGAACGGAAGGAGAGGAUCGAGAGGUACCGCGCCAAGCGCCAGCAGAGGAACUUCCACAAGAAGAUAACUUACGCUUGCAGGAAGACGCUGGCAGAUAGCCGGCCAAGGGUGCAGGGCCGCUUCGCCAGGAACCUGGAGGCGGAGGGCGACAUGGAGACGGAGGUGUCUGACAUCAGCUACGAGUACUGCCCAUACGACAACCUCGGCGGCAACCGCUACGACAGCCAGAGCCAGUGCAUGGAAACCGUCGGUGAUGGCACGGCGUUUGACGACAGCAAGUGGUGGUGGGGCACACCGGUGGCAGCCAACAGGCAGCAGCAGCAGCAGCUUGGUUUCGACGUCGACGACGACGAAUCCCAGCUGUGGGCCAGCCUCGCUGACAUGUGCUAG